AUGCUGUCCUGGCGGCUGCAGACGGGCCCCGAGCAGGCCGAGCUGCGGGAGCUCAACGCGCGGCUGCACGACUACGUGUGCCGGGUGCGGGAGCUGGAGCGCGAGAACCUGCUCCUGGAGGAGGAGCUGCGCGGCCGGCGCGGCCAGGAGGGCCUGUGGGCCGAGGAGCAGAGCCGCUUCUCCGAGGAGGCGCGCCGCCUGCGGCAGCAGCUGGACGAGCUGGGCUGGGCCACGGCGCUGGCCGAGGGCGAGCGCGACGCGCUGCGGCGCGAGCUGUGGGAGCUGCAGCGCCUGGGCGAGGAGACGCGCGCCGCCCGCGACCGCCUGGACGCCGAGCUGGGCGCGCAGCGGCGCGAGCUGCAGGAGACGCUGGGCGCGCGCGCCGACCUCGAGGCGCGGCUGGGCCGGCUGCAGGCCGAGCGCCGCCUCCUCGACGAGGCCCACGACCGCGACGUGCGGGAGCUGCGCGCGCGCGCCGCCGGCCUGACCCUGCACUACCGCGCGCGCGCCCCCGGCCCCGCCGCGCCCCCGCCGCGCCUCCGCGAGGUGCGCGACAGCUUCGCGCUGCUGGUGGCCGAGUCGCGGCGGGACGCCGUGCAGAUGUACGAGGACGAGGUGCGCGAGCUGGAGGAGGCGCUGCGGCGCGGCCAGGAGAGCCGGCGCGAGGCCGAGGAGGAGAUGCGGCUGUGCGCGCAGGAGGCCGAGGCUCUGCGGCGCGAGGCGCUGGAGCUGGAGCAGCUGCGCGCGCUGCUGGAGGACGAGCUGCAGCGGAUGCGCGAGGCCUACGACCUGCAGGCCGAGGAGCGGCAGGGAGUGAUCGCCUGCCUGGAGAAUGAGAAGGCGUCCCUCACCUUGGCCAUGGCUGACCGGCUGCGGGACUAUCAGGACCUGGUGCAGAUGAAGACUGGCCUCAGCCUGGAGGUGGCAACGUACCGAGCCUUACUGGAAGGUGAAAGUAACCCAAAGAUACUGAUCUUGAAUGAGCGCCUUGAAAAGAUACCACAAGAUUUCAGAAACACGUGCUAUCAUUACACCACCUCAGCAUUACAGCGGGAGAAUGAAAGAAAUCUGUUUCUGAGGCAGAAAGCCCCUUCGUGGAGCUCCAGCCACGGCCUGUCCCUGCACUCUGGCCUGCCUCCGCGCCCCUGGCCAUGCACUGCUGUUGGGGGUGCUGCCAGAAGAGGCCUCCGGGGCUCCAGUUAUUCUUCUUUUGCCAACACCAGGUGGGAAAACGGGUAUGAGACGAGCCUCCGGACUUUCCCUGCAGCCCCCAGUCAUGGAAAACACACCGAAGCUCAAGUGAAAACAUUCCCUGGUAGACCAAAAGCUAAUGGCAUAAAGGAUGUCCCCACGAGGUUAGCCCCAGAGUCCACUGUCACCCAGGAGUCGCGCCGAGAACGCUGGGACAGUGUGGCCACAGGUGCUUCCGAGAGCACUAGGUCAAAUGAGAGGACCAUCAUUUUGGGGAAGAAAAUAGACGUUAAACCCACGAAGGAGAAAGAGAACAGCAGAGCAGGCACUGUCCAGACCAAGCGACCAGAGAAAAUGUUUGACUCUAAAGAGAGGGCCUCAGAGGAGCGGAACUUAAGGUGGGAAGAGCUGACGAAGUUAGAUAAAGAAGCCAGAGAGAGAGAAAGCCAGCAGAUGAAGGAGAAGGAGAAAGAGAAGGAGCUCUUGAAGAAGAAAAGUGCGAGAGACAGAGACGUACCGAUCAGUGUAGAAGUAGUCAAGGACGGCACGCCGGGGGCAUCCCCGAAAGGUUUCCAGACACCCCCAAGGACGGCUGCUGGCCUUGGGCUGAGCGGAGGGGUGGGGACGAGGGAGACCAGGUUCAGGCCGCACUCCGGCGACACCACCAGUUCACCGACAGGUGACGCCGUGCCGGAAACGAUAGCAGAAAACAUCGUGUCCAGUGUCCUGAAGCACUUCGCCAAGUCCCCGGACAAAGAAGCCACGGCUGAUUCCUUCCCAGACACCAAAGUCACUUUCGUGGACAGGAAAGAGAUUCCUGGUGACGGGAAAACAAAGACCGAGAUAGUAGUGGAGUCGAAACUGAUCGAAGAGGUCGAUGCUUCCGAUGAAGCUGGCCUGGACUACCUUUUAAGAGAGGAGGUUAAGGACGUGGAGCUGAAAGGGAAAUCAGCCGAGCAGAUGAUAGGAGACAUCAUCAACCUCGGCCUGAAGGGGAGAGAGGGGCGCGCCAAGGUGGUCAACGUAGAGAUCAUCGAGGAGCCUGUGAGCUACGUAGGUAGCGAGAAGACACAGGAGUUUUCGACCCCAUUUAAAGUGGAGGAGGUGGAUGAUGUGUCUCCAGGCUCACGGGGGCUCGCUGAGGAGGAGAAAGGUUUUGGAAAAACAUACGUCACCUUCUCAGGUAGUCAACAUGAGAAGACCAGGCGGCCCCAGGAGAAUGUAACUCACGUGGAGGAAGUGACAGAAGCAGGUGACUCGGAGGGAGAGCAGAGUUAUUUUGUCUCGACUCCCGAAGAAUACGCCGGAGGGCAUGACCGAGACGGGGGCCCAGUGUACGGGCAGGUCCAUGUUGAGGAAGAAUCCACCAUCAGGUACUCUUGGCAAGAUGAAAUCAUGCCAGGCACGCGAAGGCGAAUGAAGAGGGACAAAGCGUUGGGAGAGACGGUCGUCAAGCCAGCGGAUAUUGGAGAACCUUCUGUGGAGGCGGGUGUGGGUUCUACACACUGGAAGGAACAAGCUAGAAGUGGGGUGUUGCAUGCUGAGCCCAUCGUCAUCGAGAAGGAAAUCAAAAUAGCACGUGGGUUCCACCCAGCCAGGAAGGGAGGCCACACGGAGCCCCGGCAGCAGGUGGUGGAGGUCAUCGGGCAGCUGGAAGAAAACCUUCCCGAGCGCAUGAAGACAGAGCUGUCCGCCCUCUCUGGAGAAGGUCAGGGGGGACCAGGAAGCGUUUCUGUGGAUGUAAAGAAAGUCCAACCCCCUGGCGGCGGGUCCCUGACCUUGGUGGCUGAGGUCAACCUCUCGCAGACUGUGGAUGCCGAUCAGCUAGACCUGGAGAAGCUGAGCAAAGACGAAGCUGGGGAGAUUGAGAAGGCCGUGGAGUCAGUGGUACGAGGCAGUUUGGCCAAGCGACACAGCACAGCGCCGGGGAGCCCAGAAACUGAGGAACAGGUCCCAGCUGCUGGCCUUCUCUUCAAGCGCUGGGCCACCCAGGAACUGUACACCCCCACCCAUGAGGAGGGGGCUGCCGGCCGGGCCCCUCACAGCCCAGAGCGGGUCACUUCCCAGGGGCCUGUGUCGGCCACCAUGGAGGUCACCGGCCCCCAGGGCUUUGGCCGGUCACUCGUACUAGAGGAUGUGAGCAAGGCUGUAAGGCGCAUUAAAGUAGGUCCCACUGGAACUUGGAGGACUGAGCAAGUCUCCCUGGAAGGACCCACCGCAGAGGUGGUGCAGGUAAGUGGGGAAGGCAGCCUAGGUCAGGCAGCGAGCUCGGCUGGGGCCAGCUGGUCUGUGAGGCACUUCACUGUGGGUCCCCAGCAGAGUCAAGUAUCCAAAGAAGUCAUUUUCCAAGGGCCCGGCCCUGCCUGUGAGCUGGCGGGGGCUGCACAGGAGUCUGGCCCAGCAGAGCUUCCCACAGAUAGCGCCAGACCAGGGAGCCACGGGGCAUUUGGCUCUGAACAGUUCCAUGCUGAGAGGGAAGUCCCCUUUGAGGGCUCUGUUUCCACGGCAGGGGAGGCUGGUGAUUCUUUUCAAACAGAAGAGGUGGUGGGUACCCAGACUUCUGUAAAGCAUCUUCAGUUAGGCGCCAGGGCGGGGUUUGGUGAGCAAAUCCAGUUCAUAGUCCCCCUUUCAGACUCCAUGAAACUGGAUGUCACAGGAGAUUCUGGACACACAGAAGGAGGGGCAGGGGAUGGCACGGGCACCAGGCUUGUCAGACUCGGGCGUCAGACUCAUCACACCGUCCAGCAGACAGUCACCGCAUCGGGGGAAUGGAGCGACUCAGAAAGCUGUGCCUGGCAAGAGGGCCCAGCAGACCGGAAGGGCCAGGCCCCCGGGAGCGCCAGCGAGGGUGGGGGAGCCCUGACAACUGAAGAGAGCACCUUUUAUAGCGCUGUUUCUGAAUCUCGCCAGGAGGCUGGUGUGGGAGGUGUGUCGGGGGCAGAGGUGACACCGGGUACGAGCAGGUCCUUCAGGCACAUUCGUCUAGGUCCUGUGGAGACCCAGACCUCUGAGUAUGUUGUCUUCCACGGCCCCAUUUCUGAGACAAGCGCCCUUGCUGGCUCAGUGGGCUCCCCUGGGGGAGGAGAGUCGGGGGACAGCAGCAGCACCCUAAAGCCUGUUGCCCUGGGGCCCAAAGAAACUUCGUUUACCUUUCAGAUGGACGUGAGUAACGUAGAGGCGUCCCCCAGAUGGACACGAGAGACCACAGGCCUCUUCUCCGCAGGGGCGGGAGUGCAAGCUCGUACCGGGUCUGACCCUGGUGCCUGGAGAGACACUGGCCGUGGGAGCGACUGGGCAGCCGGUGGGGGCUUUCAGGCUGCUGCUGGGGACAGACACAAGGUCCCUGGGGAGGAGGGCAGGGAGUUUAAUAAGACGGUUCAGCUACAGAGAAUGGUAGACACAAGGUCAGUGAUUUCGGAUGAAAAGAAAGUGGCCCUCCUCUAUCUAGACAGUCAGGAGGAGGAGGCUGAGAAUGAGGGACACUGGUUUUGAUAAAUAUUUUGUUUUAAAUGGCAUCUUAUUUGGUGAUAAGCCGAUGCACAAAGGCCUUUACUUAUUUGCAAGGGGGGACACUGACUCUUAUUUUUCUCCAAGAGUGGUCCAGGAGUGUCAAUUUACUUCAUAAUCUGUGAAGUUUUCAGGCUAUCAUGCCUUAAGAGGUGUUUGAUUUUUUUUUUUUUUUUUUUGAGUUAGGACUUUUACAGAAAUACUUUUUAUCAUUUUAGUCGUAAAAGUUUCUUUUUUUCCUGGAGUUUUCUCUCCACUUCGAGAGAUGAUUUGUUGCACCUGCCACAGAUAGGCCUCCCAUCAGUUUGAGAUUCUAGUUAGCUACCUACCCAUUGGUAAGAGGCCUUAAAGGUAACCAGGUUAAAGUAAUAUAUUUAACAGUAAUUUUAUUGCAUGAACUAACACAAAUAGUAAACUAAUUUUUUAAGGGGAAAAUGCACACAUUUCUCUCCCUCCAGUCUUUUUGAAAAGAAAUUGUAGGAAAUAAGCAGACUGCUUAUGUUUAAGAAAAUCUGCUAAGUGAGUUCAUAUUUAGGAAGAAGUUACUGGUCAUAGAGUUAAAUUCAUUUUAAAACUUGAAUGAAUUGCUUUCUAUGUGCAGGGCUUUUUAAAAUGCAGUGUUUUACUUAGGGAGAGGACUGUUCUAGUUAUGGCAAUAGCUCAGACCAAUACACCUGCUCCGUUUGCACAGGUUCUCAGAACUCUGCACUGAGUGUGUUACACGACUGAGAGUCGCUUCAGGAUCCUUUUUGGUGGCAGUAGGCCAUUCAGUAGCACACAGUCAAUAAUCUUUUGUUAUAACCUGAGUUCUGGAGUAACCAGCUCCUAUCAGAGAAUGUUGUAGCUUCUCGGCACCUUGGUCCCAGCACCUGAAUGUUUCACUUCACUGGAGGGUGGGGUUCCCCAGAGACAGAGGAGUGCUGAGGCUCAGCCUGCAGCAGGACCGGCAGGAUGGCGAGGCGCAGCGGAAUCAGGGGCAGAAUGGGGGCUGUGCCUCCCCCGGCCGCCCUUCUCAACCCAGCGCCAGUGGAGUGGAGGUCUUUGUGAUCUCCAGAGUGAGAGAGGAAGGGCAACGGCCAACCUCAAGGAAGUUUUUGCACUUUCAACGGGAAUCAUCAUGUUUGGUCCAGAGGAGCGAAUGUUACAUAGAAUAAGCUAUCUGGGAAGGAACUGGGUACCUCUCCUGCUGUGCAGCACUUAUGGAGCCAGAGGGGCCCAGGCGGAGGCCCCACUCUUGCAGGACUUGGAAUGGGUCUGCAUUGUAGGCCACCAAGUGUAAGAUAGCAGAAUGAGUGUGUUCUGCUGGAUUCAUUUUACCCCAGGGUUUUGUUUUUGAAGCGCUUGUCUUUAAAGGUGUAGCAUCACAUAAAAAUAGUGUCUCGAGUAGCUCAGUAUUAUUUUAAUCCAAAUUAGUGUCUUUCACAUAAUGUUGUCUAGACCACUUCUGGCACUCACAGAACUGCCUUAGUGCACUGAGAGGUAAGGCCCAGGGGAUGUCAUCCUUGGGCAGGUUAUGGUGAUGGGGGUGAGUGUGGCAUGUGAGGGUCAUCCCUCUGGGUUUCACACUAUGACCCCCUGGCCCUCAAGAAGCACGUCUCAGUGGCUCCCAGGAACGGCUGCAGCAGAACUUCGGGGAGAGAGCAUGUUCUCCAGCGAACGGCGGAUGAGCGAUACAGCACAGCUUUCAGGACGAUCUACUUUAAAAACACUGUGAAUCAGGAUGUAAGAGUUGAUUUGAAUUGCAAGUUUAAACCUUUGUUAUCUGCCAGAUGAACAAAUGAUUGUCACAAACUGGCAAGGAGGUGUGGGCCUGGCAAACAAAGACUUCUCAUUUCCAAUAUGGCCAAGGAUGAGCUGACUUGAUGUAUUACUGGUAAUGGAAUUUGUGUAAGGGAUGCGUUGGUGAGGAUUUGGGCAAGAGGACAGCCCACUGCUUGGAUGGCAAGACAGACUGGUGAUGAUGGUGAUGAUGGGGGGGUGGGGCAGCCAUAGUAUUAUGUGAGCCUAAGUGGAUUUAGUUUGAUGUCAUUGUCCUUACUUGUGACUUUGUAAAUGAGUGUUGCAUAAACAGGAGGUUAAAACCUGGUCACCCACUUCUAUUUUGGCAGUGAGUACCUUAGAGCUGAAUUGUUAUCUCCGUGUUGGAAUGCACAUAGUCAAGAGGUGUCCCGCCCAGAGUAUUUACACCAUGGAAUCAGAAGCUGUGGUUGGUUACUAAGUCUGUGGACCACCCAGGAGCAGGGUGUGCCCUGGACACUUUGAAAAGUCACCCACAGCUCCAUGGCCUUUAAAACUAGUCAGUUGGGAGACAACAGAAAUCAACUAAUGGUUGAUAGGGUGAGGACACAACUGGUCUUUUCCUGUUUAUUUUGUUCAGACAAAACUGUAUUAAUGGAAUGUUUUUCACCUUCCACUGGUGGUUUGGAUAUUGUUUGUUUAAAAUGUGUAUUUAGAUUGGGAUCGUCUGAAAAGCAGAUCUUAUAAACCUGCUGUUCCCCCCACAAAGAGAAAUGCCACAGAGUGAGUAAAAAUAAAAGCAUAAGAAAAAGAAAUUGCUUGUUUCUAAGAGAAGGACUGUCUGCCAGAUUGGUGUUUUUGUUGUUGUUUAAUUGUCAUCAAAGCACAUCCGUGUUUACAUGCAUGCUUUUUAUGGUGGCUCAGAACUGUUGUGGAUAGGACAGAUGCAAAGUUCCAGUUCUUUCAUCCCUCACUUGAGUCAGAACUUGAUAGCCUUCGCCCCAAACUGGAAAGCCUGGCAGACUGUGAAGAAGCCAGCGGGGGAGCU